GCAUUACCCAGUUGCCAUGGAAACCAGCAGCAGGAGGAGGUGGGCGGCUGCGGGAGGAGGCAGGGAGCGCGCGCCUCGCCCGCAGUCCUGGCGCGACUUGCUCCAUUGCGAGCUCCGCCGGCGGACGCAGGAGCCUCGCGCCCGGCCCCUCCCCCCGGCCUUGCACCUUUCAGCAGGGGGCGGCUGCUCUGUGCACGGGCGGGGACGCCCCAGUGCACGAGGUCUGGUGCUUCCCGGAGAGCGGCUGAGCGUGCGCAUUAAACCCUGAGGAGCGGGAACCAUGUCGGGCUCCUACGAUGAGUCUGCAGUGGCUGCGGAGGAAAUAACCGACAGCUUCUGGGAAGUGGGGAACUACAAGCGGACAGUGAAGCGGAUUGACGACGGGCACCGGCUCUGCAAUGACCUGAUGAACUGCGUCCACGAGCGGGCCAAGAUCGAAAAGGCCUACGCCCAGCAGCUGACUGACUGGUCCAAGAGGUGGAGGCAGCUGAUCGAGAAAGGCCCGCAGUAUGGCAGCUUGGAGAGGGCGUGGGGAGCCGUGAUGACGGAGGCGGACAAGGUGAGCGAGCUGCAUCAGGACGUGAAGAACAGCUUGCUGAAUGAGGAUUUUGAGAAGGUGAAGAACUGGCAGAAGGACGCGUACCACAAGCAGAUCAUGGGAGGCUUCAAGGAGGCCAAGGAGGCAGACGAUGGCUUCCGGAAAGCACAGAAACCCUGGGCCAAGAAAAUGAAGGAGGUGGAGACGGCCAAGAAAGCUUAUCACCUGGCGUGCAAAGAGGAGAAGCUGGCCAUGACCCGGGAAGCCAACAGCAAGGCAGAGCAGUCCAUCACUGCAGACCAGCAGAAGAAGCUCCAGGACAAGGUGGAAAAGUGCAAGCAAGAUGUGCAAAAGACCCAAGAGAAGUACGAGAAGGUGCUGGAGGAGCUGAACAAGUGCACCCCGCAGUACAUGGAGAGCAUGGAGCAGGUGUUUGAGCAGUGCCAGCAGUUCGAGGAGAAGAGGCUCAUUUUCCUGAAGGAGGUGCUGUUGGACAUCAAGCGGCACCUGAACCUGGCUGAGAGCAGCAGCUACACCACCAUCUACCGCGAGCUGGAGCAAACCAUCCGCAUGGCGGACACGCAGGAGGACCUCAGGUGGUUCCGCGGCACCAGCGGCCCGGGGAUGCCUAUGAACUGGCCCCAGUUUGAGGAGUGGAGCCUGGACAUCACGCACACGAUAACAAGGCGAGAGAAGAUUAAGAAGAACGAAGGGGUGACCCUGACCAACGCCACUGCAGUGAGCGAGUCAGCAGCAGUGGCCGGGGACCGCGGCAGCGUGAGCAGCUACGAGCGCAGCCAGCCCUACACUACUGAGUGGUCGGACGACGAGGGCGGCAACUCCCUCAGCGCCAGCGAGGCCAACGGUGGCACCAACCCCUUUGAGGAGGAGCCGGCGGGGAAAGGAAUGCGUGUGCGGGCUCUAUAUGACUACGAUGGGCAGGAGCAGGAUGAGCUGAGCUUCAAAGCAGGCGACGAAUUAACCAAAUUAGGUGAAGAAGAUGAACAAGGAUGGUGCAAAGGGCGUCUAGACAAUGGGCAACUCGGCCUUUACCCAGCCAACUAUGUGGAGUCUAUCUAACCUCGUGGUGUUCUCGUCUUUGCUGUCAGAAAAUAAACAAACCCUCCGUCGUUGUCAUUUCUCUGCAUCAGCCAACCAGCCAUCUUGCCGUCUGGUCAUUCACUCUGCACCAUUAGAGAUUCAAGCAUAUUUUCCAACCAAGCUUUUAUUUUUUUAAGAGCCGUCUCUGAAGAGUAUUUUGCCUACUGGCUUUUCUUCCUCUUCUUCUUUUAAGAUAAUGUGAAGUGAAAGGUCGACGUUGUCCAUCAUUUUUUUUUUUCAAAGCAAAAAGCCAAUACCUCAAGAUUUUAAACCCCAACCAGUGAGAACAUUUCCAGGGCUUCUGAUUGGUUGGGUUUUAAGGCUAUUGUAAUCAUAAGCCGCCUUCCCAUUGGCUAGAACUGUUCUGAAACGCACGGUGCAUCAACUGCUGGGACCGGUCAAAUUUGCCCUAUUUGAACAUAACCAAAUUAAAAUGGGAGGAAUGGAAUUUAUUCCCUUUUAUUUAUGUACAGAUUUUUAUACUUACCCUCCCUAUUCAUUGUCUCUCCAGUUUCUCCAUCCUUGGGGGAGGAAGGGGGGAGGGAAUCUCCCUACCUAUCCCUUGCCCUCUCCCAUUCAUCCUAAACCACAUCCAUGGACCGUACAUCUCCCAUCCAUCUCCCAUCCUGAGUCUUGGAGUUGGGCAAGGAUUAGGGCUUACUGAUGUCUUGCAAGGAGGAAUGGUUGCCUGUAAAUUAAAGGAAGAUUCCUCAUCCCAGUGAAAGCUUUGGGGACGUCCCCCCCCCCGUUUUUUUUUUUCUUUUAAGAGUAUGGUCUUCCCCUCUUCCUCCUCCAAUCAGACAUCACCAUCGUGUGGUCACUGGUAUCCUAUUGUCAUCCUGGACUCAGCAAAGGCUUCCUUCCACUGCUCUUCAGUGACAUUGCAUCACUUCCUUAGUCCAGUUCCCAGCAAGGCUGUACAAGUUCUCCGGUCUGAGAGAGGAAUGCCUCUGCGUCUGGCAGAACCUGGGCAUGCUGGAGCACCCGUGGACCCUGAACCACAAUGCAGACUCCUGCUCCCUCUUCAGGGGAUGUUUGGUACACUGCUGUGAUAUGGAGAGCAGUGUAGGCCUGUGAAAGCUAAUGGAGGCCUGCACUCUGGGAGGGAGCGAACCAGGCCUUGAAAUGCAUCAUCUCUUCUAUUAGAUUCUUUGGAGAUUUGCACUGCUGCUUCACCGCUGUUGGAAACCUCUUCGUAACAGUGACAGGAGCUGGGGUGAUACAGGUGCCAGGCUGGGAUGAAUCUUAGGCCUGGAUCAAGACCUCCUUCCUAGGAAAGGAAUCUCACCAGGGACCAUCAGAGAGACUGUUUUUCUGACACUGAACUAAGGUGGGACCACGCUUCACUGUCCCAUUCUUUGCACUGGAAUGUGGGAGUGCAUUAUAUAUUAUAUAAAUUAUAUUUAUUCCAACCCGAUGUGGAUGGGUGCAGGAGAUUCCCUUUAUAUGAGCAGGCUCUCUCCCCCAGCCACCUGAUGGAUGGUGCAGGGGGCGUGGAGGGGAGUCGCCUGGUGCGUAGCGUGGGAGAGGGCCCCUCCUUUAGGUGGUGGCAACAAGGCUAAGAAGAACUCAUCUGGAUAGCUUUGCGCACCUGGUAUGGGCUCCGGACACAGCUUCCAAGAGGAGAGACCCUGGAACUGGAUUGGUGCGUAUGGAAUGGAUUCCAAGCCUGGAGCCCAACCAUUGUAAGGGUGGGGAUAGGUGCUGAAGCUGCAACACAGAGGAAAGGCAGCUAUAAAGCAAGCUGCUCUGUCCCUUCCCUAAUGAGAAUAGGUGUCCUCCAGUCCCAUUCAUAGCCCUGAGUCCUGUUGUGAGCUCCCUGGAGGGACUGUGAAUAGGAUUCCCCAGCAGCUGCUCUGCACCUUCCUCGUGAAAGGCAUUUUCACCCCAUAGGCCAUGCUGAUCACACAUGACCUGUCCCCUGACUUCCAAGCCAAGCCUGCACUUCUGUUUGCCAGCAGUCUAGCUGUGGGUGCUCCAGCAUGCAGUUCACCCCUGUGCAACUCCAUUGACCUCCAUGAACUUAAGCGGGGGUGGAUUGGACCCUGAGACUUUCCUGAGCCAUGAUAAUAGCAAUGGGGUGUUCUGCAUCAGUUGGAAACAUGGCAGAACCAGGCACUCGGCCCCGAGAGAAGGAAGUAAAGCAUGUAGGGCCCAAUUCCAAUCUCAGUUUCACUGGUGUAAGUCUGGACUAACUCUGCCAGAGUCCCAGAGGUUUUACUCUGGAUUUAGAUCAGCAUCAGGCCUAAAGGCAGUGGUUUAGGAACCAAAGAGUAAAUGUCAAAUAGAAGAGAACGUCAAAGCAAAAUCUGUCUGGAGUGAAACAACCAGGGUCUCCUCGCUGAGAAUAAAAGAGGAUGGGGAGGGAUUGGUGUUUACUCUGAGCCAUGGAGGAAAGGGGUCAUUACAUUGCUGUAGCUCUUGCAGAAGGAGCUAAGCUUGCCACGCCCAGCCCUCCUAGCGCUAACCAUGCCUGGGGAAUGCCUGUGGCUUUUUCCAUCAGUGGCAGGUGGAAAGUCCCCACAAGGGCACAAAGGUGGCAUCCCAGGGCUAUGAAAGAACAAUCCCUUAGUCAAACACUACAUGGAGCUGCGGUAUCUCAGUUUUUUAACCCCCCACAAGCCAGGAUUGCAAAGUGAGGACCGUGGGAGAAAGGGACACUUGCUUUUGCUUCUGCUUCAAUCAGAUCGGGGAUGUGAAUCCUGGCUGGCAUCCCAUAGCAAAUAGAACAUCUUUCUUAGAACAUCUUCCUUGGAAGGUUUUGCUAGAGACAAGCAGGCAGGAGCUGUUCAAAGGGUCAAGUGUCCCCUGGAACAAAGGGAUGGCCAUUCCUCAGUCGCUUUGGCCUGAAGACUGAGAUAACACUGACGGCCGUAGUCUGUGGGAGAGGUCACCAGAAGACUAAACCACCACACAGCUACUCAUGUUGUCAUCACUAUCUGUUGCACUAGACACGCUCCUGAGCCUAUAACCCUACUUCCAAACAAUGCAGGUCUGAGCUCCAUCUGUAUUGAUUAUUUCAUAGCCCUGGGAUACUGUGUAAGUGGGACCAUCCAGAAAGCCUGCGCUGGAAGGAGCAGCUUUCCUGAUCAAAAUGGGAGUGUGUUGCUCAGUUGGCUCACAACAUAACCCAACCCAAAACCUUCCCAGGAGACAAGCUGGCAAAAGCAAGCCUAGUUGUCAAAGCCGUUUCCUCCUGUUGGCAAUGAAGUUGAGUCACUUCUCAUCCAACCACAUAUUUCCUUUCCUAAUCCCUGGGUGAGCCUCAGGCUGGUUUCAUCAAUGCCGAAUGCAAAGACGAGCCGUUCAGGAGAUUGCUAGCCAGAAUUUAGCAAGACACAUCAUCUCCCCAGCCUCCCGCAUACUCAGGACAAAAAGAUAUUGACUGGUAGAUGUUUGUGCUAGAGACUUAUAUGACAACUGCCAUGGGGCAGGUCUUGAGAAGCCUCUUCCUGCCCCGAGUGUAAGUGAAUGGAGUUAAACACUCCAUUGGUAUUCAGCCUCUACCUGGCUACUGUUCAUCCUGGCCCUGCCCCUUGUGACGUAGCUUCCUUUGCUUGUUUGUGCAGGAUUUUUUUUCCAAGCAGAGAGUGGGAAAGCUCAGCAUGAAAAUAACCCAUUGUGAGCCCUUGGCAGAUGGUUUUCUCCAUUGAGCUUCAAUGGCUUCUUCCAGCAGACAUCUCAGCUGGGCUCACCCUGACCUUCUGGCCAUUUGUCCUACAACGUGGGCAACUGGACUUGAACCACUGAACCAGCUGGAUGCCUCCAUUGCCCUUACCUGGCAAGAGCAGCCCUUCAUGAGUCACAGCUGAUCCGUGGCUCACCCUGCCCGCCCCAUUUCCAGCAGGCUCCACCUCCUCUCAGCAUCUGGCUACAGUGCUCCUCAAGCAGCCUCCACCGGGGCAGCUUGUGUCUUGGAGAUGCAGAAAAACUACAGAGAACACUUUAUAUAGCUGACUCAAAUUCCAUAUGGCCCAUGGGAGCAUAUGGGUAACAGGUUAUUUCCCAUUCCUCACCCCCACCCCUUGAGCAGUUCAGGAGAAAAGGGCCCCCCUGAUUUUUCCACAGGAAGCCGCAAAUCAUUGCUUAUUUAUCCCCCAUCAUCUUCAAAUUCAUCAGCCACCUCCCCUCCACGCCCUCCUCUUCACUCUGUUUAGUUCAUGAAUUAUUGACUCCAGUGACCAAGAGUUCUUCCUGCCCGAAUAAAUGUGCUGCAUAUGGGAUAACAUAGACAAGACCUCUCCGACCUUCAGCUCUGUUUCUUCCAUUAGUUAA